UACUAUUCCUGUGACUCCCAGGGAGCCUGAUGUGAAGAGAAGAGAGGACCACUUGUUACUAGGCAACCAGUACCCACCUCACCCAUGUUGCCAUGGUGAUGAUGAAAGUUGGGCUGAUGGGAUUACCAGCUCCUGCUAAUUGCAUACAAAAGCUCAAGGGGCUGUGGGGUCACCUUCUCUUCCUCCCUCCUGCCACCCCAAGCCGUCUGAGUUGCGGGUUAUGCAGUAAGAGAGCACGUUGGCCUGGAUCUCCAGCCACCCACGUUCUAGUCCUGCCUCUGUCAUUUCCUAGAAUUGUGGCCUCGGAUCCCUGCCUGGUGCCACAGCAGCUGAGUGUGCAUCAAAUCUGAAGAAAAUCUACACGGUACACACAGUGCAGAUAUUCUGGAGUGUGUACAAUAAUAUUCCUCCUGUGACUAGCCUGCCUUUGAGAUGUAGUUAUCAUUUAAUGAGAGGCGAGAGGCGACCACUUUGGGAAGAGGAAAGUAAUGCCAAGGGUGGCGUAUGGAAGAUGAAAGUUCCCAAGGACAGCACGUCCACAGUUUGGAAAGAGUUGUUGUUAGCGACUAUCGGGGAACAAUUCACAGAUUGUGCCGCCGCAGAUGACGAAGUAAUAGGAGUCAGUGUCAGCGUCCGGGACCGAGAAGACGUCGUCCAAGUGUGGAAUGUCAAUGCCGCGUUAGUGGGCGAAGCCACCGUUUUAGAAAAGAUCUAUGAACUUCUGCCCCACAUAUCUUUUAAAGCAGUAUUUUAUAAACCCCAUGAAGAGCAUCAUGCUUUUGAAGGUGGACGUGGAAAACACUAAUUGCACUCUGUAAAGAAUUCUUUGUCCUUUGCUGAUUGGUUUUGGAAACGGUCUUAACAGGAGGGAGAGUGAAGAGAAGACUUGCCGAAGCCCGAUGCUGGUCCAUUUAGAGUGGGUUUCUGUCCUUGCAGAUUGAGCAAUUAGGACUCAAAGUGGCAGGUGGGGUGGGGGGAGAUGGGGUGGGUUUCUACCGGCACAUUACUUGCUUUUUUUGGCUUUCUGAAUUCUCUGUUCUUUUCACUCCCCCAAUUUUUUUUUUUGCCCUUUUAAAUUCCUCAUUCAGUCUAAUUAUUGUUUUCUGCACUCCCCUUUCAUUGAGGCACAAGAAAUCGGUUUCCCUUUAAGUAGCUCUGCUGUACCUAGUUAAUGAGAAUAUGCAUAAUCAUGACAAUACUGCUUUUGAAAACCACACUGUACUCAGAGGAAUACUAGCUUGGUGAAACCUGUCUUUUGAUUAUUUGUUGUGACACAUUCCUACAUACCCUGCACUGGGCAUUGUUUUUUUCUGUCCCAGGGAAAAGGAAAACCUUACUUAAUCUGAUUUUUGCACUGACAGCACACAUAUCUUUUAUUUUUCCUUUUUAAGCAUUUUUUUUAAGAGAUGAAAGGAAAAUAAUAGUUGGGUUGCCAAACAUGAAAACUAUAAUCACAGUUGAGGAUCAGGAUAUAAAUCAAAUUCUAGGUCUUUGGACCCUCUGUGGAAAUAUUUUCUAACCAGAAUUUCAAUUUGGCCUUUUCAAAGGAAGGCUUAGAGUGGUAGUAAGGGCGUUGUCUCAGUAGGAAACCUUAUAAUUUCUGAUUUAAAGAGGAGGCGAUAUUUUAAUUGUUUGAGUUAAGCUUCUUCCGAAUUUCAGGUGCAUAUACCCACUUAGGGCUUUCCAAGUCAAUUCACACACAUUCUGUUAAAUGAGUCCCCUUUUUUCCUGCUCACAUCCUAUGUCAUUUCCUGUAAUGGAUCAUCCUCCAGCCAGGGGAAUUUUUCCCCCUUGCCUUCUUCAUUUAGGAACAGAAGUUAAAUCUCAUUUCCAGAAUGAAUGUGAACAUUCACAGAGAUGAACUCUUAAUUGCGUUCUGUUCAUAUUAAUUUUGGAAUUGUUGAGAUACGUCCUAUUAUGUUACCAAAUAAGUACUGGGUUUAGUAGAAGGAAGUGACCUCCCCCCCAUCCACCCCCCCAAUCCUGGAACACUCAGAAUGUUCCGAUUUCCCUCUUUCCACUCUGCCAAGCCUCCUCCUGCGUUUUACCUGAAAGAGGCAGGGCCCUUUGAAGACCCUUCCUCCUGAUGGCUAUUUUUCUGGAGUCAGGGAAGCCAGGACAUGCUUAUACAUGUCACAAAAGGAUGGUGCACUCAGAGCUUCGUUGUACCCAGGAUUUUUAAUUCCUCUCGCAGUAUUGACCAGCAGAGAGAGGUGGUAGCUGCUUCUAGCCUUCCACCUGUGUUUGUAAAUAACCUUCGACAUUCAGGCAUUUUAAUGGACUUCAGACAGUAUCUAUUUACAAAAGUUGUGCCCUCCACUUGCAUUACUAACCAUAUCAGCCAUAAUAACAAUGAUCAUAGUUUUUUAUUUUUUUUAAUGUUUUUGUUCUCAACUUUUCUUCAUUGACUUCAGAAUGAGGUAUAUCAGACCCAUUUUUCAAAAGCCUGGAACUUGUUUCUUUAAAAGAUUGUGCUAACAUCCAACUUGUUUUUAAAUUACUCAUCAAGGAUUUAGAAAAAUAUUCAUGGCAUGAAUUUCAAUUCUUUUUUAUAAUAUAAGUAUUUUUCUGAUAGAUUAGACAAAAAGGAUAUAAUUGACUUAUCUUCAUUAUAAUUGUCAUAUAUAUUUCCAGAAGUAAAUGGAUUUUGAAGUAUUUUUAUUUUUGAACUUUAUUUAAAGUAUUGUGAUGACAUGUUCAACUUUUGCAUGUAUGUAGCUUUUGAAGUAAAAAAAUAAAAUGAAAGAAAUAGGAAUGUUAGGCUCCCA